AUGAUAAACGAGCAAAAGAUCAACUAGAUUGUCCCAUUUGUUUGCAGAUAUUAUUUAACUCGGUUGAGUGCAGUAAUUGCCAGAAAUGCUUAUGCGCAGAUUAUGCAAAGUCCUGGAUUGAUAGUGCCAAGAGUGACAAAUGCCCAUUAUGUUAAGUAAAACUAGUAACUAAUGUCCUGUCCUCUCAAAUGUGGUUAUGAAUACUUAAGAAAAAAUAGAAAAAAGCACCUUGAAUCCUGCAGAAAAAUCAAGUAAAUAUGCGGUGAAUGUGGAUACUAGACAUUAGUUUAGAAUUAAGAAGAGGAUCCUCAUAAAUGCACCGACUACCUAAAGUAUUAGUUGAGACUUUCCUAAGAAAAAUAUGAACUAUAGGAGAAGUAGUUUGAAGAUUUUAAAAUUCAAUCAUAAAGCUAAGGAAAUAAACAUCUAAGUAUAUAAAAUAAGAGUGGUUACUAGAAUGAACGCUAAUACUUGACUACUAUGCAUAAAUAUCCCUUAGAAAAGUUGACAUUAAAUCAAAUGAGAAGACUCCCUAACCAUGCAAAGUAUUUGUUUGGCUGGUUGUGCAAUGGUAAUAACUUCAUAGGUUGUUAAAGUGGCUAAACUCUAUAAGGACCAUUUCGAUAAUUGCUUAAUGAAGUUAUCUAUCAUUGUAGCUAAUGCAAAUUUGACUUUUGUGAGGCUUGCUUUUAAAAGUACGGUAAUGUCCAUCACCAUGAUCUUUAGAGUUUAACAUAUCAGGCAGCUUGCAAAAUAAACAAAGCUUAUAUAGGAGGUUGGAAAUGCAAUGCUAUUAGGUAUUUUGGAUGUAAUUAAGGAUCUAUGGCUCAUAAAGAUCCCAAUGAGAUUUUGUAUCACGAUUCACAAAGAAGUUUCAAUUUGUGCCAAAAAUGUUUUAUAUUAUAUUCUAUCAAUGAUAAAGAUCGUAAUGAAGCUUUUGACUUAUGA